AUGGACAAUGAGAAAUCUUUGAUGCUGCGAUCAAAAAACUGGCAGCUAACUCGCGCCACUGAUUAUGCCCUCUUUCACUGUGACACAAUCAAUGUUACAGUGGCGUGGGGAGCCAACCGAGCCGAUGCGCCAUUAAUUCGCAUCCAAAACCAUGAAAUGAGUGAACUGGAGAAAGCUUUGGAACGUCUGGAUUACCUACUCAGUCAUGUUCGAUGUGUUCGCACACUCACACUGAAUAUGGAGACCUCGGAAACCCGUUCCAUCAACGCCAUCAUCGAGAGGUUCCUGGAUGCAGGUAAGACCGGUUUUGUUUUCUUUUGUUGUGGUUUACAACGUUUCCUGGAAACGACUUUCUUUGUCCCAGAAACCGCGGAUGAUGAUGAAUCCAUAAGCAAUUUCUUUGUCGCAGAUUAGUUACCUCUCGCUUUCAGAAAAUGUGCGACUAGAGGUGUUGAAAGUGAGACGGCGCUACGUGGGUCAGCGGAUCGACCUGCUUCCCGACCUUCUCUGCAUGAACGCCGAGACCCUGCGCGAGGUCGGGAAGAUCGGACUCAGCGAAGCGACAGAGGGAUUCAACGAUAAGAUCCGCCUGAACCGACUCUCGUUGAUGAACUUCGACUUGAUUGAUGAUGGAGAACUCGAAAGCUCAACUUUAGCCGAAAGAACACGCAUCCACAUCAGGAGGUUAGGAGGAAUCGGCGCCAAGUUCCAGCACCUUUCGUACACCACAUACAGCGGAUUCGACCUCUCGCGCAACCCGGCCCUUUUUAUGUUGAAACAAUGCGAAGUCCGUUCCAUCAGAUUAACAAUGCAAAAAGGAGCAGCAAUAACUUCAACUCCCAUGCAGCCAGUUCAACCUCUUCUGGAUACCCUAGAACGACUCGAACUGAUUGGAAGUCUGAGUGCUCCGAAGGAACGACUAAGUGCACUAUUCCCUAAUUUGGAUUACUACGAUUAUCAACGACAAGACCUCGCAACGGGAGGUCAGACAGCAAUGGCGUGCUAG